CGCGAGCAAAGCGCAUAAAAAGACGCGCGGCGCGACAGCGGCUGUCAGUCCGACGGCCCGUGUCGUGUAGCGCGCGCACCUCCUGUUCUUUCUCCUCCUCCUCCUCCUCCUCCUCCCCCGUCACCGCAGCCGUCGCCUCCGCAAACUAUGAACUCAUCCUCUCACACUUAACACUUUUCAUCGCGGGGGAUUUUUCCACAAAUGUUGGAUUAUGUGCACGCGGAACGAUGAGAGCCCCUUUCCUCCCCAAAGAAGUAAGAUAAAGUAGGUUUUUCACUCGCUGGACGAACGGCUCUCUUUCCUUAUGAAGAAGGCAAAAAUUUCUAUAAGUGUUUGUGUCCAUUUCUUGCUGUGCGCCACUUUUGGAACAUCCAGUGAAGUUAGAAGUUGUAUAGCAGAUGAUCUUGAGAGAAUCUCAUUGUUGAAACAAAAUAUCCCAAAAGAUUACAAGAUCACUGUGCGUCACAUUCCUAAAGAAGUGAGUGGUAUGUGUUGGGUUGUGCUUAAUGUGUUUCAUCUGGAGGAAAGCUUGAAAGAUCUGGCCCAAAAAUUUGGAAACAUUUCCUCCAACAGAGACAACAUUGAUAUAUACGUGCAAACACUGCAAGAUGUUCGCUUUAAAAUUAUUAAUAAAGGUGAAAUUGACCUGGAGUCAACGAUGGAGGAAUUUCAGUGCCAUUACAGAGAGGAGAGAUGGCCAACGGAAGAGUAUUUUGACUACGUGAAAGACCUUUUAAAUGCUGCCAAUUCAAAAAAUGAGAGCAGAGGAUGUGAAUCUCCCCUCUGCCCAUCAGCAACAACAGAGGCGAACAUGUCAGGUGAACACACAGAGCCCCAUGCCAUGGUGGGCUGUAAUGAGCUGGUGCCAAACUGCAGCGCUAGAGCAGAACACCAGUAUCUCCCAAAGAUUGUGGAGAAAAGCCUUCUGUGGAUGCUCAUAAUCCCGCUGGCCAUGGGGCUUCUCUGUUUAGUCUGGAAGAUCAGCUGCAGAAGGAGAAGGGAGGAGCCUGAGCCGAACCCUGACAGCGGGCACGUCCUCACUGAUAUCGAAGGGAAAGCCGCGCCUUUACAUGGCCAACUGUCAGGGCAUAAGAUAAGACUCAGCAUGGAAAUGGUGUAACUUCGCCUGCAGAGCUUAAUUUGGUGAUUGUUUUCUCACGAAAAACAAAAAAACAUUCCUGCCUUUUGAACAGUAACAGACACCUUUUGGCUUCUCGACCAAAAAAAGUUCAUUCCGAUAUUUGUAACGGUGCAGCUAAAUGCGGUGUAAAUGUUCUCAAAAGUGAACUGCUGGGACGAGUGGCACGAGUGCUGGAAACAAAGAAACACUGUCCGAAAGUCAUUGUCGAGAAAACUGAGCAGAGUGAGGACUUUGCUGUGACUCAAGCAAGUCCCCAACCUCGGGACGCUGCGAGACAUCAACCUGGUCCAGUGAUACUAGUGAGCGCUAACUGGAAUGACAAGGACCAGCCAUCCAUUGGACUGGUGAAAGAAGUGGAAAUGGGGAAAAAAAAUAUUAAAAAAACAAAAACAUGGAUGAUUCUGCUUUGCUGUUAGUGAGAAAAAUCUGGAAAAACUUACCAAGAAUCACUUUUACUACCAAAAGUUGCCGAACUGAGAAUUUCCUCUCCAUUGUAUUUGCACUUGCAAAGAUUUGUGUGGGUCAUAUUUCUCUGGAAAAAAAAAACCAUUGUUAUAAUGGACAAUAGAGGAGAAUAAAAAAAAAAUCAGCUCGGGAAAAGAAUUGUUGUUGUCUACCUCCAGUGACCAUUGUCAUGAUCUUGUUUUAUAACAGUAUAAGACAAAUAAUAAUCACUCUCAGCUUUUUGUAUCUACAGUCACAGAUAUGAAUGUUGGAAUUAAUCAUGUGACAAAUUUUACUGCAGUGUACAUGGUGGGUUGACUUCUUAUAAGUAUUGUAAGGAUCUUUCUUCAAAGUUUUUUUUUAAACAUCUCAGAGUAUUGCAUUUAUAUUGUGUACUUUUAUUAAAUUAUUCCUUCUCUCUUUAAUGUAACUAUAUAGCAAAGCUGAAGCCAGAGGCCCUUUUAUCAUUUAAUGUGAAUAAAAAAUAUGACGCUUUUCUGAGAAUCAUAUAUAAAAACAAUACCUUAUCAGUUAUUAAUGUAUUAACAUGAACAACCGUAAUAUCAUCCAGUAUGUUCCCUUUGAGUUUCACUGGGAUUUUACGCUGAAUCUGUUUCCUGGCAGAAUGUAAUUAUCUAAAGGUUUACCUUUAUAUUUAAACAAUAUAGUGCUGGGGUGACUUUGCAUAAAACUAAACCUUCAUUUGGUGAAUUGCAGCAUAUUCCGUGUGGUUUAUUAAAAUGAAGUCAAUGUCAAUAUUUUAUACAUAAAAAUUGCAGACCUUUUAUCUGAAAGAAAAGUGCUGGCAUCACGUUUAUACAGUUAGAGUAAGAGUAAGACAAAACGAUGCCAUAUCAGUGAACGUCUGCACAUUCAAGUUGGAUAUAAUAAUUUUAUACACAAGCACAGAAAGUGUAAGUUGUAUAGCAGCUCAUAACAUACAGCAGCUUAGUGUGUAACCGUUAAAAGUUCUCGGGAGUGUCACUGGCUGACUUAUGUCAGGGUUAUAUGAUGAGGGACAGUCUUACCUCAUCAGAAAUAUUAUUGUUUAAAGUUAUUUUAUUGAAAGCUUAGGCACAAGUGAGAGGACGAGCAGAGCUUUAGAUGGCAAGAAAAACUAUGGUCAUAAUUACACAUUAUUGCCGGGGCACUUUGUGGAAAAUCUCCUGCGCUCACAGCAUUCCUGCUCUUUGCCGAGUUGUUCAUCCUUAUCCAAGUAUCACUUAAAUACAUGCAUUUAAAAGGUCAGAAAGUUUUCCUUUUAGCUACUGUAUGAUGUGGAAUGUUUGAACAGCAAAGGCCUCGUCACUGCAAACAAGCAGAGCGGUGUUUGUGUCUUGUACAGAGUAAAGUUACAGCAGUCUUCAAUUCAAUAUAUGCCAACUCAUCCUUAGCUCUGUUUGAGUCCAUAAAUGAUGUUCUCUGAUACACUCAGUUGUAUCCGCCAGGAUCACAUUAUUAUAACUUGGUUAAAGAACUGCAUUCACAUUUUAAAACUAGGAAUUCUGGCACCUUGAAAGACUAUUGUCCCCCACCUCUUUUAAAUUAAAUAAUUGCUACUGGAAUUUUCAUGAGCGCUCUCCAGCUGUGAGCCCUUAGGACUGUCACCCCUGUUCCCCAUUAGCAACAGCCCUGGAUUUACAUCUUCAUUCAGAUUCUCACGGAUUUCACUGCUAAAAAAAGCAAACGUUGAUACUAUAUUAAAGUACAUAUUUUUACAGUGUGUGUUGUUUCAGAUAAAUAUUCUGUAUUGGGAGCCCAUGUUGGAAGCCGAAAAUGGGCUGACGAUAUUGCUGUAACACUCUGUCUGACUUGUCAUUGGUCUGAGUGCAGACCAAACCCCUUGUUCCAAGAACAGCUUUUAUCCCUCUAAUAAAGUUUUUAUACUCAACUUUCA